AACAGACAGCUGGCUGGUCCACUGUGACCGAUCCAUCCUCACUAACCUCCACUCAUUGCUCCAUCCAUCGAUAUAUUUGAUGAGUGACGCUCUUCCUAAGUUGCAAUAUUAUGUCUUUUACUUUUGUCAUGUGUGAAAAUAGUUGUAAGCUAUAAGGCCACCGCCAAGCUUUGAUUUUCUUCUUUUCUUUCUUUCUAUCUAAUCUAACUUCUGCUUUUCUGAAAUUGCUUAGUGCACUCACUAUGGCCUACACUAUAAAUCAUUAGCUUGCAACUUCAAUAUUUCUUGGAUCAAACACAUACAUAUAUCAAUAUAUACAUUUAGUCACAUACAUUGAUUUAUUAAUUUUACUCUAUAGUCUAUAUGGCACUGCCAUAUUCAUUCUCAAUUUGGAGGCAGAGGUUAACCAUGGUGGCAGGACUUGUUUUGUGCCUCCUUGUGCUCUUGAACAAUGCAACCUCUUCAUCUGCUCGUUUGUUGUUGAACAGAACCAGAGAAAUUCAUUUGCAUAGGAGGAACCUGGUUGACAAUGGACUUGGAUUGACACCCCCAAUGGGAUGGAAUAGCUGGAACCAUUUUGAAUGUGAUAUCAACGAAGACUUAAUUCGAGAAACAGCUGAUGCUAUGGUGUCAACUGGCCUUGCUGCUCAAGGGUACCAAUAUAUCAAUUUAGAUGAUUGUUGGGGCGAACUUAAUCGAGACUCAGAGGGCAAUUUGGUUGCUAAAGCUUCAACAUUCCCUUCAGGAAUUAAGGCUCUAGCUGAUUAUGUACAUAACAAAGGAUUAAAGUUAGGGAUUUAUUCUGAUGCUGGAACUCAAACAUGCAGUAAAAGAAUGCCUGGAUCACUAGGACAUGAAGAGCAAGAUGCAAAAACCUUUGCUUCAUGGGGAAUUGACUACUUGAAGUAUGAUAAUUGUGAGAACAAAAAUAUAAACCCCAAAAUAAGGUACCCACCAAUGAGUGAAGCUUUAUUAAACUCUGGAAGGCGAAUCUUUUUCUCUUUGUGUGAAUGGGGAUUAGAAGAUCCAGCAACUUGGGCCAGAAGUGUGGGAAAUAGCUGGAGAACAACAGGAGAUAUUGAAGAUAAAUGGGAUAGUAUGAUAUCUAGAGCAGAUCUAAAUGACAAAUGGGCUUCUUAUGCAGGACCUGGAGGAUGGAAUGAUCCUGACAUGCUUGAAGUUGGAAAUGGAGGCAUGACAACAGAAGAAUAUCGUGCUCAUUUCAGCAUAUGGGCGUUAGCUAAGGCUCCCUUAUUGAUUGGUUGCGACAUUCGAUCACUGGAUCACGCCACAAUGGAGCUGCUAAGCAACAGUGAAGUUAUUGCAGUAAACCAAGACAAACUAGGAGUUCAAGGAAAGAAGGUGAAAAGUGAGAGUGAUUUGGAGGUUUGGGCAGGACCUCUCAGUAAUAAUAGGCUAGCAGUGAUCUUAUGGAAUAGAAGUUCAUCGAAAGCAACAGUAACUGCAUCCUGGUCUGACAUAGGCCUAGAAUCAGGAACUUCAGUUGAUGCAAGAGAUUUAUGGGAGCACUCUACAAAAUCAUCAAUUUCUGGAGAAAUGUCUGCAGAAUUAGACUCACACGCUUGUAAGAUGUAUGUGCUGACUCCAAACUAAGUUCUCAAUUUCUUGAGGCAGAAAAGGAGGUAAAUAGCACAAGUCAGGACUCAAAGUAUAGGAAAUGAAUUGGCAAUGCAAUCACUGAAGUUCCAAAGAUGGAAAAAUAAACCAUAGGAAGUAUAGAACCAACUGAAUAAGCUGCAUUUCUGAUGAGGUUUCCAAUUAAAUGUAUUUGUUAAGGUCUACGUGCUUUUAAGACAAUAAGCCUUUCAAAUAUCUGUUUUCUGUUAACAAAGGCAGAUACUGAGAGGAGAUUAACUGCAUAUGAUAUUUUGUACACAUUUAUAUUUGACUUUUUAAAUUUAUCUAUCCUACUAGAACUAGUAAUUCACUUCA